ACAAAACUGCGGUCCUUUGCAAAAAUGAAAUGUACUAUGGCUGAAGAUGCUGAAGAAUUCAAUUUAUUUAGUGUUGGAACUAUAGUGAGCUGUAAAACAUGCUUUGGUGACGAUUUUGAGGGCGAAGUAAUUGCAUUUGACUACCAAACAAAAAUAUUAUUCUUGAAAUGUCCUAGCAAAUCAGGAAAAACUAAUGUUCAUGAUAUGCGAAUGAUCAACUUGGAUUUCGUUGAAGAUGUUGUCAUCAAAAAAGAAGUUACUACCCCUUCAAAUGGAACUCAAUCUCUCAUGCCUCUGAACAUUGAAAAGUUGUCUGGAAGAGCCAAGCAACAUGUUAAAGAACGGCAACGAUUAGUCAGUGCUCUUUCUUCUGGUGUCAGUAAUGAAGGAGUGAAACUUUUCCUGGCAAUCACAAAAACAAUAUCUGAAGUAACAUGGCAAGGGAAAAACAUAGUUGUUAUGAAUCAAGUGACUAUUACUCCACCUUAUCGCCCAGAAAAUUGCAAACCUAUUGGUAAAGGAGAUGGUGAUGCUGUAAAUCAUGUUCGUAGAAUUGUUGAAAAGUAUGUUAAAGAUCAAGCCCAAGCACAGCCCUGUCAAUCACAACCAACGCAGCCUAGGCCUCAUCUACAAUAGAAUACAUUAUUUAUAGUUAAAAAAUGAGAUUUUCAUUUAAGUUACAAUUAUGCUAGUGAAAGUUCCAAAUUGUUUUUUAUUUAUAAAAAGUCUUAAAACUCUUUGAAACAAAGAUACAUUGUUGGUAUAUUGAAGUGGUUACCUUUAUUUUCAUAGUUUACCAUUUUAAUCAGUUAGUCUUAAAAGAUAUGCUCAAUGCACAAUUUUAUGUCGUAUUGUUUAUGUAAUGUUUUCAAUUAUUUUUUACGAUUUCUUCUGUUAUUUAAUUUUUGUUCAUAGUUACAGUUGUAAUUUUUAAAAUUUGUAGUCGCAUUUUCAAGACAAGCUCUUCUACAGCAUGUUAAAACUUUUUUGUUCAUUUUGAGUGAUGUUCAUGUUUAAAAAAUUAACUUACAGUUAUUAUUGCACUAUUUCUAGUUAUUCUACUUAUUUCUUGAAAUUUGAAUUUACCGACUGUGUAUGCAUAGUGGGAUUUCAUCUCUUAGAUUUGAUCAUAAUUUCUUGGACAAAUAUUUUCACAAACCUAGUAGAAUGGAACAAUUUAUAUUUUUUUGGUAUUUACUGCAGUUUAUAUGGAAAUAAUUAUUUUAUAUAUUGUUAUUUAUCUUUCAUGUUAAGUGGAACAAAAAGAAAAAGAAAAAUAUUUACUCGCCAUUGUGCGUAAUUUACUGUUUCACAACUUAGACCAUGUUGUAUACUUUCAUAUUGUUAGAAAACUUAUCAACUUGUUGCAUUUAUAAUGUGAUGAAUGUAUGUUGGUUUAGUCAUGUUUUGUCAAAAUGGUUUGUAUUUGUGUGUUUAUGAAACUGUUUAAAGCAUGACAGAAAAUGCCAUUUAAUUUCCAAAAAGAAUGUGUUUAAUAAUAAAACUUAAAACAUCAUUAAAGUUCGAAUGAUAAUGGCAUUUUCUUUUUCUUAUAUUUUUAAAGCUCAAUAAUAGUACAAAAGGCAAUACAAAGUUUCAAGUACACCCUAAAGUAUUCAAAGUUAUAAUAGACAUUCACAGUAAUAAAAUUAUGCUUUUUUACUGCCAAGUUGUAGAAUCAUCUUCAAGAAAAAAAAAUUAUGCUAAAGGAUAGCCACUUCAAUGUACAUAUUCUUUUUCAUUUAAAUAUUUUUUCUCUUAAACUAUGUUAUGCUUAUGCAUUUAAUGCUAAUAUAUAUGUAUAGAGCUUUUUUUCUGGAAUUGGUUGUCAUUUUCUUAACUCAUUAGCUUUGUGUUUAAUAUGAAGCCAAAUGUAAAAAAUGACUUCCAAGCUCCUGGGAAAAUGUUCUGACUGCAUGAAAAGUGUUUUGUUUUCUAGGUUCUAUUAUUUUAUUUGAAAUUAUAAUUAAAUACAUUAUGUGAUAUUUCUUUUAGUGUAGUUAUAUUAGCAUUGAAUGCAUUUGCUUCAAACCCAUGUAAGCAACAGUUCAAAGCCAUGUUGACAUGGUUAAUUAACUGUGAGAGAAAUCUCAGAGCAGCUGAAUGUCUCCUUAUUUGCUUAUUAAAUUAUUUUAAAAAGAUCAUUAUAUUAAAAAGUAUAAGUAAUAAAAAAUUUCCCAAAAUUA